AUGGAUUCGGGACCAGCUCAGGAAAUUACUGAGCUUCUUAAACAAUGGGAAGAACAGCACACAUCUUCAAACUACGAUCCCAUUCCGACACUGACAAGGAUAGCGGAAAUCAUAGAAGCAGAGACGGAGAACUUCAUGAAGAAGGAUCCGGACCCCUUCGAUGAGAGGCACCCCUCCAGGACAGACCCGGAGUGUGCCCUCGGACAUGCACUCAAAGUUAUGUUUAAAAAAGAUAAUUUUAUGACUAAGCUAGUAAACGACUAUCUCCGCGACACGUACUACAGCCGUCAGAACAUAAUGGGUCAGGAUGUACACAAGCUGAACGUAGCUGCAUGCAGGUUGACCCUCGACCUUAUGCCCGGCCUCGAGAUGAGCGUCGUGUUUCAGGACAACGAAGCCCUCAUCCAUCGCCUUGUCAACUGGGCAACCAACUCUCCAGAACCUCUGCAGUGUUACGCAACAGGACUCCUGGCUGCUGCGAUGGAAGUACAGGAAAUUGCAACCAAUUUUAGAGAUCUGAAUGCUAUGCUGGUGCCGCUGAUGCUGAAGAGGCUACAUGACCUUAGAAAUAAGUCCCUCGAAGAAAAACCAAGCCAGAAUCUGGUGACCCCUCCGAAUCAAACGCGGCAUUUCGCCAGGUUUGACAGGAAGAGGAACAAUGAUGGGAAGACGAGCAACGGACCAACACCAGAAAAGAAAGAUCGUUACAAAGAUGAUGGCGGAGGAGGUGACUCGUUCAUGGAAGACUCGCCAGCCAAGGACCCAGCUACACCCGUCAAGAAUAACAACUGUGGCAGCGAGUCCCCCCGCUGGCGCCUCAUGAGCCCUCCCGCGCGGCCGCCCGCGCCCCCCACUCUACACGAAACGUCUAGUAAUUCUAGCUGGGUUGAAAUGGAGACAUAUGUUAUAGGAAACAUACAAAUCCAUCCGCCUACUGACGCGACCAAACAGAUGCUUAUAUUAAGAUAUUUGACGCCGAUGGGGGAAUAUCAAGAGUUUCUAUCCCACGUGUUCGAGAAGAACGCGCUCGGUCUAAUCCUCGGUUAUCUGAACGUGAGAGAGUCCAGAGACUCGAGGUUAGCUUUCGAAGCUCUCAAGUACUUGGCGGCUCUGCUGUGUCAUAAGAAAUUCUCGAUAGACUUCAUCAAUAUGGGCGGGCUACAGAAGUUCCUAGAAGUUCCCCGUCCUUCAGUAGCGGCGACCGGCGUGUCAAUCUGUCUAUACUACCUCGCAUACUGUGAAGAUGCUAUGGAGAGGGUGUGUUUGAUGCCAAGACAUAUACUGGCUGAUCUUGUGAAAUAUGCCUUAUGGUUGUUGGAGUGUUCCCACGAUUCGGGCCGGUGUCAUGCCACUAUGUUCUUUGGACUGUCGUUCCAAUUUAGAGUCAUACUAGAAGAAUUUGAUAAUCAGGAUGGUCUUCGUAAGCUAUACAACGUUAUAUCAACGUUACCAAUACUAGGCUCUGAUGAAGAAGAGGCUCGAGUUUCUGAUGACGAAACUUGUGCGGCGCGUCAGAUAGUACGACAUGUAUGUGUGGCGCUUAGGAGAUAUUUCGAAGCCCACCUUCGCAUCAGGGCGGUGCAGGUCGCGUGGCAGCAAGGCGACAACCUACCACUUCCACCACCAUAUAAGGCGUCAAAAUCAUCUCCAGAAGAGCUUCAAGAGCAGUUGGAGGCUGUGCAGGCGGCGGGCGUGUGUAGAUGGCCGCCCUGCGACGAACUACGAGAUUUGGGGGGGAUCGCUCUACUUUUACAAGUAGUGGGAUACGCUUAUGAGUGGAACUUUAACGGACGUGCGGAGACUGUACGGUCGGCGCUAGACGUGGUGUCAAUGUGCUGCGUGUCGCCCAGGGUGCAGCUACUACUGACCGAGAAGAUUGAUAUGAGAGAUGCGGAUCUCACUACCGGCGUACAUAUAGUACUAGAAAAACUCAGAGGCGCGCUACCGGACUUGAAUUCGAGACAAAACGGUGCCGCUGACGGUGAUAUAGUACCGGAGCCGGAAGUACAAAAGGCUGCUUUGAAUGUUCUGGUCAACUGUGUCUGUGCACCCGUACAUAGGGCAGGUCCUUCAACCAACCGCAUGUCAGUAAGCGGCUCCACCAAGAAGAAAACGGCCGCCAAGAGUUACGAGGACGUGAUACAGAAAGUGUGGGAGAGUGUGAGGACUAACAACGGAAUUAUGGUGUUAUUAUCGCUCAUGAUGGUCAAAUCUCCAAUAACUGACGCGGAUCGUUUGCGGGGGCUCGCGUGUAGAGCGCUGGCCGGCCUCGCUCGCUGUCCCACUGUACGACAGAUAAUAUCAAAGCUACCGCUCUUUACUACCUCGCAUCUACAAGUGUUAAUGCGUGACCCGAUAUUACAAGAGAAGCGCCAGGAGCACGUGAUGUUCCAGAAGUACGCUCUGGAAUUACUGGAGAGAGUUUCCGGAAAGAGUAAACAUAUGGGCGCGGACUUUGAAACGUCACUCGCGAAUAUACACAGGGCGAAUGUAGUGGCGCAGACUCGCAUCACAUACAACGAGCGUCAGUUACUACAAUUAGUUGCCUCUCAUUUAUGGGCCCGGGGCCUUCGGGAGUCAGCGGGGGUGCUCCAGAGAGAGGCUCGCCUGCCGGCCCUGGCGGCACCCGCAAUACCUCCCACUCCGCCGCCCCCGCCAGUGUACACACCCUCAACGCCUAUCAGGGCCCGGCUGUCCGUGUCACGAACCAGUAGUUGCGGCAUACAUCGUGAAGUGGAUCACACGCACGCACACACACACACGGACGAUAGCCCCGCCCCCGCGGUCAUUAAACUCAGGAAAGUGCAAGCCGCCCACGCGCCCACGACGCCCACGUCCGAACACAAGCGCUCACUACAGAAGCAGCUGACCAUGGGCGGCGGUGAGCGCGCGCCGUCCCCGCCCCGAGUUACUCUCCACUCAAUCAUCACGGAGUAUCUUUACAAUCAGCACGCACUAUGCAAGAACCCCGUCGUUACUUGCCCGCAGUUUAAUCUACUAGAGCCCCACAAAUGUCCGGAGCCGUCCCCACAAUCCAUAGUGACGUGGUCUCGUCACGAGCAAGCCAACCUCGUCUCCCGGCUGGUGAGGCGCGAACUAGGCGCCAACUCAACGCGCGCGCACGCACGGCUUGCGCAUGCGCACUUCGCGCACGUGCGCACCCUCCGCCUACAAGACGACGACGCUUACUUUACACACACUAUAUUCCAUCCCACACAACAACAGUUGCUAACAGCGACAUCUUCAGGUGACAUUAGGAUAUUCAACUUGUUCACGGGCGUCGAAGAAAACUCGUACCAAGUCCACGAAUCAUAUAUAUAUCAUAUGCAGGCGAGCAGAGACGGGUCACUUCUACUAGCGUCGUCAACAACAUCUUGGAGAACGCUAUCCGCGCUUUGGAAUAUGAAGGAGUUUGAACAAUUAUUCCAAUUAGACAAUGAGGAGUACGUGGAAUUCUCCAAGAUGUCUGAUGAUAGAAUAAUAGGUACUAAAGGAGAGACGGCUAGCAUCUUCGACACACGGACUGGCCUAGAAGUGAUGACGCUCACGCCGGCUAUAUCAAACCAAUACGCUAAGAACAGGGCCACAUUCAACCCCACGGACGAACUGGUGCUGUCUGAUGGCGUAUUAUGGGACGUGAACACGGGCAAAGAGAUCCACAAGUUUGAUAAGUUGAACCAGACACACAGCGGAGUGUUUCAUCCUAACGGACUUGAGGUGAUAUCAAACACGGAAGUGUGGGAUUUGAGAACUUUCCAUUUGUUGAGGACUGUACCUUCCUUGGAUAAAUCAGAGGUUAUGUUCAGUCCGUCAUGCGGUGUGUUGUACGCGGUGUGUUCCGACCAAGACUCUGAAGAAAGGAGUCAGUUCGACACAAGCUUCAAAACCCUGGACCCUUACGACUACUCCAGCAUUGCCACAAUCGACGUGAAACGCAACAUAUACUCGCUCGGAGUUUCUCGCUACGGAACGCAGAUAGCGUUAGUAGAGAACAUGGGGGACUUUGAACAGGUUCAGGAGUCGUGUGUGAAGUUGUACGACGUGGGGAGGAAGAGGGACCACGACGAUGACGCGGAAGAGGAGGAGGAAGAUGAGCUCGCUGGAGGCUCUGAGAACGAUGAUGGAUCAGACUCGGGCUCGGACAAUGAUGAUGACUUAGCGUCGAGUCUCAUACGUAACGCUGUGAUGGGUCUGGCUGAAGGGUCCGGCUCGGGAAGUGGCUCCGGAACAGAUUCUGAUAGAGAGAGGAAUGAAAGAGGGCCCCGAACUAGGAGACGAGCGGCACGGAGGGCAGCCGAAGAGGCGAGCAGUGACACAGAUGGAGAUAUUGACUUUGAAAAUAUUAUUGAAUUUGAAUACUAA